CCUAUCUCAGGGUUUGGGUAAAUUACGUUUCCUCACCUCAGCUCCCGUUGGUUGUUUCUGUCUGACAAGAUCACAUGAUCCGAGGCUGCCCGUGUAUCGUUAGCUUAUUAGCGGCUAGCUGCGUUAGCAUUGAGCUUUAUGGUUUCACCAGGACACAGUGCGACCUUAUCUCGAGCCACACCAAGACGAGGAACUGUCAAACAUAUUUAUUAACUUUAAUAUUAUUUCGUGUUUCUUGUUGGCUCAACCGCUGCCUGGCCCAAAGUGUAAGCUGGCUGAACGUUACCUACAUGGCUGCUCGCAUCAACAUUAAACAUAUGAGCAUGUGACCAAGGACUAUAAGGUCUACAGCACAUGAUCUGGACAAGUGGAGGAGGCCAAAAUCAAUCAGGGGUACAUUAUUGCAAAGUGGUCAAUCGGGAGUAAAUAGCCAUGACAACAAAGACAUCUCUGCUUAAAGUCAUUCUGCUGGGCGAUGGUGGCGUUGGAAAAAGCUCCAUCAUGAAUCGUUAUGUUACCAACAAGUUUGAUGCACACCUUUUCCACACCAUUGGUGUAGAGUUCCUCAACAAGGAACUGGAAGUUGAUGGCCACCAGGUUACCUUACAGAUCUGGGACACUGCUGGCCAGGAGCGCUUUCGCAGCUUGAGGACUCCUUUCUAUCGUGGCUCUGACUGCUGCCUGCUCACGUUCAGUGUAGAUGACAGCCAGAGUUUUCUCAACUUAGGCAACUGGAAGAAGGAGUUCAUCUACUAUGCAGAUGUCAAGGAGCCAGAGAAGUUCCCAUUUGUAGUCUUGGGCAACAAACUGGACGUUACAGAAAGGCAGGUGUCCUCUGAGGAGGCUCGGCAAUGGUGCCAGGAGAACGGCGACUACCCCUAUUAUGAGACCAGUGCCAAGGAUGCCACCAAUGUAGCGGUGGCCUUUGAGGAGGCAGUGCGUAGAGUCUUGGCACUGGAUGAAAGAACGGACCACCUCAUCCCCACAGACACAGUUAAGCUUCACAGAAAGCCUCGCUCUGCUACCACUUGCUGUUCAUAACAUUCAGAGGUUAUCCCUAACACUACUUUGCCGUUAUGCCUGUUUAUGUGAUGAGGCUGUAUGUUUACAAUGCUGUAAUAACAUCUUAUUUAAACAAAUUAUGCUACUGGCUUCAUGAUUUGUUAUACCGUUGAAGGAUUGAUAAUGCUAAUAGUUUGACUUCUAUUUGAAGGGAAAGAGGAAACAUUAAUUUCAUCCCAGUCUAAUUACAAAUAAACAUGACAUCACUGAAUAAUUUACUCAGCCCUGCCACAGUACAAAAGUCAGGCUUUGGAUGAGUAGCAGAAAAAUAAAUAUAUUUUGUGUUGGCCCAGGACUACUUACUGGGAAUUAAUAGUCUGUCAUGAUAAAACAAAGGCAAUGUAUUUGAAAAGUUUCACUUCCCUCUCAAAUGGUUUUCUGUCAGGAAUGCAUAUUAUAAUGUGACUCUUAAAACUACUACCAGUGUACUACCUUGGGAAUGCGAUCAUGAAAGGGUUUCUGAACUUUACUUAAUGUAAUUACACAGAGUGAUGGUCUAUGUAUUUACAGUAUAUUCAAACAAUUACUGCCUAAUUUAUAAAGCCCAAUAACAUUUUUUGUGAAAAUUAACCAUGUGUAACUAACAAAUUGAGGCUUGUUGUGAUUAUUGCACCUUUAAGUCUUCUUUGUGCACAUUUUGCUUAGUGAAUAGAUUAUAUGCUGAAAGCACUCAGGGACAAGAUCCCUAAUAGAAGACCAAUAUUAAAGCAAAGUUAACAUGCAUGGCAUAUGUUGUAUUUCAGUUUCUGAAAACAUUUUUUUGUUAACUGUUUUUACCUUAAAAAUCAAUGAAUCAAUAUUGCCUUGAGGACAGUGUAUUGGAAUAGCAGUCAUGAAUAAGGAAACUGUUAUCCUCAUUGUUGGGUUUGUUUUAAAUAAUGAUUUUCAUCUUUAAAGCACUCAUAACAUUUUUAUACUUAGUCUUUCCCCACAGCUUAAUAUUUAAAAUGGUAUUUACCUUGUUUCUUAUUCACAUUAAUUUAUAUUCAAAGUUGUAUUACUGGUAUGGCAAAUGAUAAAUAAACCCCCUGAGAAUUGUCGCUUAAAGCA